UAUGUAUGGAUUAUCCAUCAGCCCAAGCAAAAACCAUAAAAAAGGCACAGGCAAAUUUAAUAGACCCUCAGUUGGAUGAAUGGCAGGGCAAAUGGUUUCCCCACGCUCCAGGUGAGGUCGAGCCGGACAUGCAAAAAGUGCAACGUGUGCAUUUGGAGUCAGAUUCAGUGACCAGUGAUGAAUGGGCAGGCAAGUGGUUCCCACAUGCGCCGGGCUUGACUACAACGCUAAGUGACAACUGGCUGGGCAAGUGGUUUCCACAUAAACCGGACGCAAAGGAUUUAACAACUGAGACGAUUCGGGAGAAGACUAAAUAUAAAAUUUGCGAUGAUGGUGUGCACAAUUUGGGAGUGGAUUAUGAACCUUCUGAUGUGCGUCAAAACUACAAUUUUCUGUGCCUUAGCAGCAACCACAGUGCCUUCGAUCCGAGCAUGGCGCGUGAGGCCUUGCAGAUAGAAUAUUUCCUGCCCAGCGCCUUCAUGCCGCCAACCAAAUGCUUGCAAGAGCCCAUCAACUAUACCCAUCAACCUCCAACGAACGGCGCUUUUCGACCUUUGCCGGCGGUAUAUGGGAGCUACAAAUAUCUGCCGCCUCAACGAUAUCUGCGGAACUUGGCCGAAGGCGCCAUUGUAAUGCUCUAUCAUCCAUGUGCCUAUCAGGGUCAAGUGGAACAACUCAAACUGAUUGUGCGUAGUUGCCUGUAUCGUCAUAUAAUCACACCAUCGCCAUAUCUUACGCCUGAGCGGCCUUUGGCAUUGCUCUCCUGGAGCAACAGUCUAACCAUGUCCGUGGUGGAUAAACGCCUGGUGACUCAGUUCAUUAAGGAGCAUGCCAGGAAUGGCCCGCUAGCAGAACCCGAUUUCGGGCGCUUCGUGGAAAGGCGAACAACGUACAACGCUGCGCUGCUGACGGAAGCGCAUUUAGUAACUGACCUCGAUGACAGCGAACUCUGUGGUUACCAGGAGAUGUAGCACGUACAUAUGCAUAUUUAGCAAAAGGCUAAAGGACGAAACAAAUUAGAAGCCAAACUGUGAAAAACUGCAAUAUAUUUUACAUUAUCUUACCGUACUUUUGAAUUCGUAACAAUAAAAGGAACCAGUGUACCUGUA